AAGAACUGGGGCGGGCGGGCUGCCGAGGAGAGCACGCUGCUGCAUGGGCCACGUGAGCUCAGGCUGUGGGAGCGGAUGGAGCUGCCAUAGUCAGCGCUUAGGGCUGGCCCCAGCUUGUAGACCCGAGUCCUGCACAACAACCCCCCAUGGCGCGGGCGAGCAGAAGAAAGGGGGCCUUUAUGCCCUUUUGAGGGAAGCACACAUUCUGCAAGGCCGUGGAAACAAAGAGAAGAACUGUUUGUAGCCCUCGUCCAGACGCCCCAAACAAACAGAGCCAGAUUACACCCUGUUUGACCCUGCCUUCAAAGGGAUGACUCUGUAAGAUUCUCUGCUGCUUAUUCAAGGUGACAUAAUGUCCUUCACACUCCACCUGAAGUCCCGCCUUCCUACUGCCCUAAGGAGUUUGAUUCUACAAAAGAAACCAAACAUCAGAAAUACAUCCAGCAUGGCUGGGGAGCUCCGACCAGCCAGCCUGGUGGUCCUGCCCAGGUCCCUUGCUCCAGCGUUUGAAAGAUUCUGCCAGGCCAACACUGGUCCUCUGCCCCUGCUGGGCCAGAGUGAGCCAGAAAAGUGGAUGCUGCCCGCUCAAGGUGCUGUCUCAGAGACCAGGGUGGACCGUCCCCAGUUCUGGAAAUACGAGUUCGGUGCCUGCACUGGCAGCCUGGCUUCGCUGGAGCAGUACUCAGAGCAGCUGAAGGACAUGGUGGCCUUCCUCUUGGGCUGCAGCUUCUCCCUGGAGGAGGCCUUGGAGAAAGCAGGGCUCCCCAGAAGAGACCCAGCAGGUCACAGCCCGGCGGCUGCAUACAAGACAACAGUGCCUUGUGUUACCCAUGCUGGCUUCUGCUGCCCUCUGGUGGUCACAAUGAGGCCCAUUCCCAAGGACAAGCUGGAAGGGCUGGUGCGGGCCUGCUGCUCCCUAGGGGGUGAGCAGGGGCAACCUGUUCACAUCGGCGACCCAGAGCUGUUGGGAAUCAAAGAGCUUUCCAAACCUGCCUACGGGGAUGCCGUGGUGUGUUCCCCAGGGGAGGUUCCAGUGUUCUGGCCUUCUCCACUGACCAGUCUUGGAGCUCUCAGCAGCUGUGAGACCCCACUGGCUUUUGCCAGCAUCCCAGGCUGCACAGUUAUGACUGACCUGAAGGAUACAAAGGCUGCAGCUGGUUGUCUCACCCCAGAGAGAAUUCCAGAGGUCCAUCACAUUUCCCAAGAUCCUCUGCACUACAGCAUCGCGUCAGUGUCCGCUUCUCAGAAGAUCAGAGAACUAGAGUCUGUGAUCGGCAUAGACCCAGGGAACCGGGGGAUUGGACACCUGCUCUGUAAAGACGAGCUGCUGAAGGCCUCUCUCUCGCUGUCCCAUGCCCGCUCAGUGCUCAUCACCACUGGGUUCCCGACGCAUUUCAAUCAUGAGCCUCCGGAAGAGACAGAUGGCCCACCAGGAGCUGUUGCUCUGGCCGCCUUCCUGCAGGCCUUGGAGAAGGAGGUAGCCAUAAUCGUUGACCAGAGAGCCUGGAACUUGCACCAGAAGAUUGUCGAAGACGCUGUUGAGCAAGGUGUUCUGAAGACACCAAUCCCGAUAUUAACCUACCAAGGUGGAUCAGUGGAAGCUGCCCAGGCAUUCCUGUGCAAAGACGGAGACCCACAAACACCUAGGUACCUCCCCUUCCCUUCAGGAGUCGGUGAUGGAGGCAACGAGCUUGGAAUGGGUAAAGUCAAGGAGGCUGUGAGGAGGCACAUACGGCACGGGGAUGUCAUCGCUUGCGACGUGGAGGCUGACUUUGCCGUCAUUGCUGGUGUUUCUAACUGGGGAGGCUAUGCCUUGGCCUGCGCGCUCUACAUCCUGUACUCAUGUGCCGUCCACAGUCAGUACCUGAGGAAAGCAGUCGGACCCUCCAGGGCACCUGGAGAUCAGGCCUGGACGCAGGCCCUCCCGUCGGUCAUUAAGGAAGAAAAAAUGCUGGGCAUCUUGGUGCAGCACAGAGUCCGGAGUGGCGUCUCAGGCGUCGUGGGCAUGGAGGUGGAUGGGCUGCCCUUCCACAACACCCACGCCGAGAUGAUCCAGAAGCUGGUGGACGUCACCAGGGCGCAGGUGUAACCGUCCAUGUUCCGUGUGAGCAGGGUCCCUACCAGUGGGCAGUUCUGCAUCCGGGGAGAAUGCAGCUGCUUCUGGCCACAAUCCUGCGAGUAAACACUGGUCUUCGGUAAGCAAUGAACGCUCGCCUGGCCUGGGAAACUGCAUGCCCACUUUCUGGGAGGGGUUAGUGCAAGUGCCAUGGACAAAGGACAACAUUUCUCUGGGGCUUGCCACAGGACAGUGCCUAGGACUCUCAAGGCAUUGAUUUCAACCCUCCUUCACGCUGGCUUCUUCAGGCCACCCCCGUGGUCUCCUGCGAGAAUCUUCUCGACAGUUACUUCUGGGGACACUUGUGAGCAAUUAACUGUCAGGCAGAGCAUGAGAACAAAUAUUCCCAGGCCAUGUAGGAUACUCCAGACUCCAGUCAUCCUCCCUCAUCCGUGGUUUCUGUUAAUCGUGGUCUCGGUUACUUAUGGCCAACUGCAGACCGAAAAUACUAAGUGAAAGAUUUCAGAAAUAAACAACUCCUAAGUUUUAAA